AUGGCCGAGCUCCCAUCAAAGGUGCGCCUCACAUUGCCCCCCAUCUACCUGAGGAUCCGUGGGCCCUCAGUGUAUGAGGAUGAGAACCAGCGCACGUGGCUGCAUCUCUUCUUGGAGACAGGAGGUGUCCUGCAAGUACGGUUGCGCCAGGAAGACAUCCCCAGUGGGCAUAUUCAACUCACCACCACCCCGCCGACCUCGAGCACCAUGCCUUCCUGGUGGACGCUCCAGUUUGGCAGACGGUACCUGGACUCCAUGCACCAGAUCUGGCGCAUAGUGCACCAGGGUAAUGAGAAUGGCGUGGAGGAAAUGAUCCUUGAGCUGACAGAAGACUCGUAG